CCUCAGAAUGCAGGCCUGCAGGUGCAGCAUGCAGACGGCGUCCGCAGCGGGCAGCUCGGCGGCCUGGUUCAGCUAUUUUUGCAGACUUCUGCUACUCAAGUCUUAGGAACGGUAGAUACGGUAGCAGAAUUCCUGCAACACCUGGGCGUGCUUGGUGGACACGGAGAAGUCUCUCAUACAUGAGCCGCAUAUUGCAUCGGACUGGCCUCAAGGAGGCCGGACUUCUAAACAACACGGAACACACCGUGUGGUCCGAUUUGACGCCUGACAAGUAUGGAGCAAUUGCUGGAGUUGCACCGCAUUCCGUCUGGCCACCACUUGCUCCCCAACAUCGAAAUACAGUCUGUAAUCACGCAACGUCCCAACGAGCAGCAUUUGGGUAGUGGUCGAUCGCCGAGUGCGGGCACGCGCCCUUAUGAGGGCCCUAGCGGCAGCGCCAGCAAAGAUCUGGUGACGCGGUACCUGAGCGUGUCCGGCAUGACGUGCGCCGCGUGCUCGUCCAGCGUGGAAAAAGUGCUGCGGCAGGUGGAGGGGGUGGAGGCGGCGUCGGUGUCGCUGAUGCAGAACCUGGCGGAGGUGGUCUUUGAUGCAAACAUCGUCAUGGAGGAGGAUCUGGUGGAGACCCUGGACGACAUGGGCUACGAGGCGCACGUCCAAGAGCUGGACGCAGGGCGCAGCUUCCGCGUGGUGCUGGCCCGCUUGCGGGUGCAGGGCAUGACCUGCUCCACGUGCGUGGGAGCGGUGGAGCACGCGCUGGCGGGGGUGCGCGGAGUGCGCAAAGCGGUGGUGGCGCUGGCCACAGCGGAGGCAGAGGUCGAGUAUGACUCCAGGGUGGUGAGUGAGCGGGCGCUGAUCCAGGCGGUGGAAGACGCCGGGUACGAGGCGGCUGUACUGGACACGGGUCAGAAGGACAAGGUCACCCUCUCCGUUGCUGGCAUGGACUCGGACGCCGACCGUGCCGCCGUGGUGCGCACCCUGCUGGCCAGCCCCGGCAUCCGCGAGGCGUGCGUGCACCCCGAGGCCGGCGACCGGGUGGCGGUCGUGUUUGACCCCGACCGCACGGGGCUGCGCACCAUCUUUGAGGCAGUGAAGGGCGCUGGCGAGCAGGGGCCAGGCCAGUUCCGCGUGGCACUGCACAACCCCGCGCAGGGGCAGGGCGUGGACCGCGCCGCGGAGAUCAUGAAGCACCGGCGGCUGUUCCUGGCGAGCCUCGCGCUCACGGUGCCGGUGUUCUUGCUGGCCAUGGUGCUGCCGCGCAUCCCGGCGGUGGACGCCGCCCUGCGCACGCGCGUGUGGGCCUUCACGGUGGGGGACUGGCUGCGCUGGGCUUUCACGACCCCCGUCGAGUACGGCAUCGGGUGGCGCUUCCACCGCGGCGCGUGGCGCAGCCUGCGGCACGGGCGCGCCAACAUGGACGUGCUGAUCGUGCUGGGCACCAACGCGGCCUACUGGUACAGCGUGGGGAGCCUGGUGUACGCGGCGGUGCGGCCGUCGUUCCACGCGUCCGACUUCUUUGAGACGGCCGCCAUGCUCAUCACCUUCAUCCUGCUCGGCAAGUACCUCGAGGUGCUCGCCAAGGGCCGGACGGGGUCCGCCAUCAGCGCGCUGCUGCGGCUGGCCCCGUCGACGGCCACGCUGCUGACGCUGGACGCGAACGGCCGCGGGGUGAGCGAGCAGGAGAUCGAGGCCUUCCUCAUCCAACGGGGGGACACGCUCAAGGUGCCGCCAGGGGCCAAGAUUCCUGCUGACGGCGUGGUCAAGUGGGGGAGUAGUCACGUGAACGAAAGCAUGGUUACGGGCGAGGCGCGGCCGGUGUCCAAGCACGUGGGCGACAACGUCAUCACGGGUACCCUCAACACGCAUGGCGCGCUGCACGUGCGCGCGGUGCAUGUGGGGGGGGACACGGCGCUGGCGCAGAUUGUGCGCCUGGUCACCGCUGCGCAGCUGAGCAAGGCGCCCAUCCAGAAGUUUGCGGACCGCGUGUCCGCCAUCUUCGUGCCCCUCGUCGUGCUGGCGGCCGUGCUGACGUGGCUGGGCUGGUACGUGGCGGGCGUGACGGGCGGCUACCCCGCGGCGUGGCUGCCGGCCUCCACGGACCACUUUCUGCUCGCGUUCCUCUUCGGCAUCUCGGUGCUGGUCAUCGCGUGCCCGUGCGCGCUGGGGCUGGCCACGCCCACCGCCGUCAUGGUCGCCACGGGGAUCGGCGCAACCAAUGGCAUACUGAUCAAGGGCGGGGAGGCGCUCGAGAAGGCGCACAACGUGCGCUGCGUGGUGUUCGACAAGACGGGCACUUUGACCGUGGGCCGUCCCACCGUGACCGCCUCCCGCGAGUUCGGCCUGCACCGCCUGUCGGACGUGCUGCCGCUGGCGGCCGCGGUGGAAGCGCACAGCGAGCACCCCCUCGCAACAGCCAUUCUCUCGCACGCGCGCUACACGGCGAGCGGCCCGGCGCUGCCGCCCGCUUUGUCGUCGUCGGGCGUGACGGACACGAGCUGGAUGCAGCGCGCGGACGAGUUCGAGGCGAUCGUGGGGCAGGGCGUGCGCGGGCGCGUCAAGGGGCGCGAGGUGCUGGUGGGCAACCGCCGGCUCAUGGACGCGCGUGGCGUGCGGAUCGGCCUGGGCGCGGAGGAGUUUUUGGCGGCGGGCGAGCUCGCGGCGCGCACGGGGCUGCUGGUGGCGGUGGACGGGCAGCUCGCGGCGGGGCUGGCCGUGUCGGACCCGGUGAAGCCGGAGGCGGCCGCAGUGGUGGCGGCGCUGCGCAGCAUGGGCAUCCGCAGCGUCAUGAUGACGGGCGACAACUGGAGCACCGCUCGGGGCAUCGCACACGAGGUGGGCAUCGGCGAGGUGUACGCGGAGGUGCUCCCCGCGGGCAAGGCCGCCCUGGUGCGCGAGCUGCAGGCGCGCGGCACGUGCGUGGCCAUGGUCGGGGACGGCGUGAACGACAGCCCCGCGCUGGCGGCCGCGGACGUGGGCCUGGCCAUCGGGGCGGGCACGGACAUCGCCAUCGAGGCCGCGGACUGCGUGCUCAUCCGCAGCAACCUGGAGGACGUCGUCACCGCCAUCCACCUGGCGCGCGCCACCUUCCGGCGCAUCCUGCUCAACUACGGCUGGGCCGUCGGGUACAACCUGCUGGGCAUCCCCAUCGCGGCAGGCGCGCUGUACCCGGCCGCGCGCGUGCGGCUGCCGCCGUGGGUGGCCGGCGCCGCCAUGGCCUUCUCGUCCGUCUCGGUCGUCUGCUCCAGCCUGCUGCUGCGCCGCUACCGCCGGCCCACAUGGACGCACCUCACGCAGCUGGCCAUCCGCUGAGCCAGCCCCACCGAAGAGAAGCGUACUUCGGAAAGGGCUUUUGCCAGUCCUCGCGGGGGAACGGUUUCUGCUUGCUCGCCUAGUUGCUCGCCGCUUUUCCACUGCCCAAAUUUAAGGCAUGUACAGGAGAUGUGCAGCGCUGUAGGAGCCUCCUUUACAAAUGUAAGGUAUCAGGUUUUUGUCGUCAAAUCCUACAGGCAAUUCUUACCGUAGUUCAAACGUACUGAAGCACUGAAGCUGGGACCUGGACUCGCAGUCGAUCUAGGACCACUCUAUGUACAAUGAGUCCGAAGUGACGGUGGGGCGCGUCCGAAGCGUCAAACGUAAACCCUGCUUAGCCUAGAUCAGCCCAAUAAGCCAUGGGCGCCGAAAAUCGGCUUCCAGCUAGCGAGCUUUCUGCCGGCCUGUCGGCAUCAAAAACGAUGUACAAAACAUUCCGCCAGUUGUUGACUGUAUCAGUUCUGGCGAAGUGAUUACAGCUAUUUUUAAGUAAUCCAACAUAUGCGGACGAAGAGGUACGUUGUCGC